GACAACAGAAAAAUCCGCAAACAUCACGCACUGUGUCAACAGCCGAUCAGAGGGCAUGAACUUGACGAUAUGAAGUGAACCUUGGUUGGUGUGUCGGCUUCUCCCUAAUCGUCCGAUUUAGGUUAGCCUGGAGAUAAGGUCGAUCACGCUUCAACUGCUCAACAAGUCUUUCCUUACACUACUCCAGGAGUGCCAUUUCACCCCCGUGGGAGGUGGUGGCUUCGGCAGGCUCUCACGAACAUCUUAUUCCCAUUCCACUCUUUCGCCGUCUGCGCCCGUUUACCUCGUCGGAAGCUAAACGGCCGCGCCACUCUUUUUGUCCUUGUCCUUGAAAAACCAUUGCAUACAUGUCCAUCGGAGAGCAAAAGAGAUAUAAUGGCCGUAGAUGGUGGUGGUAGCCCACACGACCUUGUGGUGCAAUCAUGGAUUAUGUACUCCAUUGGAAUUUUAUUAUACCUAUUACGACUAUAUGCUCGAUAUGAUCGGUUAGGCUUGAAAUGGCAAGCCGAAGAUGUUCUCAUGGUGCUGGCAAUUGGCUGGUACACUGCUCUAGUCGUUACCAACAUUCAAUUGGCAGAAGGUGGUGGGGGAACACUUUAUCCGCCAGAGGAAUUCUCUACGUUCACCCCGGAGGAUAUUGCGGCCAGAUCACAGUUUGCCAAAGUGGAGUUUGCUUCAGAGCAGUGUAUGGUCAAUACGAUCUGGUUCCUCAAGGCCUGCAUGCUCAUCAUCUAUUACCGCAUGACUGCAAAUCUUGAUUGGCAAUUCUGGGUCAAACUGUGUGCUGCUUAUACUGCCGCUGGAUACGUCGCCGUCGAGCUUACCCUUUUUUUAAACUGUCGCCCGUUCUCCGGAUACUGGACACUUCCGCCGCCCCAGCAACAAUGCGCCACGUACUUCAACUACGAAGUCGUUCAAGCGGUCUUCAAUAUUUCCUCUGAUUUGGCCAUCUUGCUGGUUAUCAUUCCCCGGUUGUGGAAGAUGAACAUGUCGAAUAGAGAGAAAAUUCCAGUUCUGGUGAUUUUCGGGCUGGGUUUCUUCCUGAUAAUUUGCGCUAUCGUUUCGAAAGUCUUCACGUUCCGCGAUAUAUACGACACUUCCUAUCAAUUCUGGUACCUCCGCGAAGCCUCAGUCGGGAUCUACGUCUCCAAUCUGCCGUACGUCUGGUCGUUUCUUCGCCGGACGAUCGGGUUCCUCCACUCUACCGCUACCGGAUCAAAGAAGAGCUCACAACAACUCUACUACGGUGGAAAGACAUCCGGCCAUCCAUUCUCAGGUCAUACCGGGGGCCGGAGCCGGAAUUUCUCGGCUAUCUCAUCCAACCAUGACGAAGCGCACUUGGGUCGAAGUGAAAGUGAAGAGCACAUAUUCGAUAGCAGUAUAGCCACUGAGACUCGGGUGCUAGGUGGUGAUGUACAUCUUGACGAGGUCGAUCCAUCGAAGCAAUACAACAUUCAGAAGACUACCGAAAUACACAUAGCCAGUAGUCAGGGCAAAGUGUGAGGCUCUUUUCUUAUUUUCUCAUGAUAUCACCCAAUGCCGUUUGAGGUUUGACGAUGCAUCCACGACUGAUACUUAAUGUUUUUAAUGUCCUUGUCUGUUCGGUUUAUAUCCCGGGUUAGCGAAACGUGUUUGGAUAUGGUUAUAGAGCUGGGAGCCGGCUUGGGUGCUAAUUGGCGUGUUAUGAGCGGGUGAAGUUUCAACUCGUUGCACUGGGUCCACCAAUUUCCAUGUACUAUAGUACUUCCGGUAUGGAUGCUGUUCAUUUAUGUUCAUCUAAUGAUCUUUAUACUGCGCC